AAUAAGGACCCCAACAUCUACCUGGCGGGGACCGAGGAGGGCCACAUCCACAAGUGUUCCUGUUCCUACAAUGAGCAGUACCUGGACUCGUACGCUGGGCACACGGGUCCCGUCUACAAGAUCACGUGGUCGCCGUUUGCGCCCGACAUCUUCCUGAGCUGCAGUGCGGACUGGAGCGUCCGACUCUGGUCACAUGACAUGACGUCACCGGCCAUCAACUUCUUCUCUUCCACGCGCUCAGUGUAUGAUGUUUGCUGGUCGCCUGCCUCCUCCACUGUGUUCGGCUGUGUGAACGAAGGAGCCGUGGAGAUCUGGGAUCUCUCCGUCAGCACGUAAGGCUUCUGUUCUCUCCGUCAGCUUGUAAGGCUUCUGCUCU